ACCUCGUAUUUUUCUAACCUCGUAGAGUUUAUUAUUGUUAUCAAAGUUGUUUUUUUUAAGAACAGGAUAAUUUAAUAAAUUAAAAUAAUAAUAAUAAAUUUAAUUACAGUACGAUAAUAUAAACAUUUGUUUUUAUUGAAAUGGAUAAAAGUAAUAAGCAAUAUGGUCUUAUUGUACCGAAGAAAGCGCAAUUAUCAGCACCAAAAGCAGGAAAUGUCUUUGGAGAUGACGAUGACUCUGACAAAGAAGAUUGUGGAGUUAAUUUUGUUCAAAAAGCAUUGACAGCUGAAGGUGAAAAAAUUCGUGUUAAAAAACAGACUAAAUUGAAUAUGCAGAAGGCACUUGAUGAUGAUCCGACUAUUUAUCAGUACGAUGAAAUUUAUGAUGACAUGGAACGAGCUAAGAAAGAAAAAGUCGUUAAUGUUACGAAGGAAGCCAAGAAGCCAAAGUAUAUUCACUGUAUAUUGAAGGCUUCUGAACGUAGAAAGCGGGAACAGGAGCACAGGAUUGAGAGAAUGGUCCAGAAGGAACGCGAAGCUGAGGGUGAAAUGUUUGCUGAUAAAGAGAGUUUCGUUACUUCGGGAUAUCGCGCAAAGUUGGAGGAGUUCAGGAAAAUGGAAGAGGAAGAAGAAAGGAUGGACAGACUGGAGUCGAUUGGUGACGUUACUAAGCAGCAGGACAUGUCAGGAUUUUAUCGUCAUCUUUAUUCGCAGACUGUUGAUAAAAAAGAUAAGGGUGAGGAUGAAGAAGCUAAAGAUGAGUCGGAGUGUCAGGAAGAGGCUGGCAAAGCUGAGUCAAAUAUUGACCAGGAUGAAGAUCUCGCAGUUGACUCGGACUCUUCUAGAGAAUACCAACCAAUGGAGUCGGACUCUGAUCAUGAAAAAGCCGUCGACGCUAAAAUAAAUACUAAAAUAGCUUCGGCUUCACGCAAACGUCAGUACAGAGCCAGGAAUAUUAAAGACUCGGAUGAAGAGUCUGAUGAAGAUGAUGAUGAUGAUGACAAGGAAAGUGCGCAGAAGGCUGAAGAGAAAGAUGAGUCCCAAGCUGAGCCUCCAGCUGGAAAAACUCAGAAUGUUAAGAUUGAAAAAACCGAUAACGGGACAGUCGAAGAUAAAAAGCCAGAUGUUAAAUCGGAAAAUAUUAAAACUGAUGGAUUGUCUAAAGACAAAGUCGCUGAGGAAGAGAAAAUAAUUAAAGUUAAAGAAGAAAAACCCAAAGUGUCUAUUUGGGAAAAGAGGACCGUGGGAGAGGCUUACGAGGCAGCUGUACAGCGAUACUACGCGCGCAAAGCGCUUCGGAUGUCUAGUUAAUUAAAUAAAUUAUAAAUGAUACUGAAGUUAGCCGACGUCAAAUAAUUUUUAGAUUUUUUUUUAAAAUAUAAAUAAAAAAAAAAAAAAGUAUUUUUAAAAAUUGCACAUAUAGUUUUUUGAAUUCUCUACAUGUGCAUUUUUUUAGUUUUUUUUUUUCUUCAUAAAUUUGUUGUAAAAAAAAAUCCUAAAAUUAUCAAUUGUCUGUUGACUUCAGGAUCAUAAUUAUAAGUACUGUAUAUAAUAAGUAAUUAGUGAUUAGUAUUAUACCCUUUUAAUACUUAAAGUAUUUUAUUUUUUUGACAGCUACUUAUACUUAAGCUGCUGGUAGAUGUCACAGUAACCGGAAUAAAGAUAAAAAUUUAAACAACGUUUAUUUUAUUACUAUUUUAGAUUAAUUAUUAUAAAUGUCAUGUAUUUAAAUUAUUAUUUCAUAUAAAAAUUAAUUGUGAUGAUAAAUGGUACUGGAAAUAGUAGACAACUUUUUUAUUUUUAAAAAUACAAACUCCAUAUCAAUAAAAAAAUUUACAGACCUCUGAUUUU